UCUCGGUUGAUACAUGCAUGUAUCUACUAUGCUAGUGGUGUAUCUUCUCCUACGUGUCCUACGUCUGCUCACUGAUGCCUUUCUAGCGUUGCUCCACCUCUGAUAACAACUUCUACGCCCUAAGCUUAUGGACUUGCUAAUCCUGUGCCAACAUUGCUAUCCGUAUCCUGCUAAACAUAGGCAUGUGCACCUCGGUGAUCCCUUGGGUAAAUCAGAUAACUGGGAUAAGAGUGAUUUAUGAUUACAAAAGCAAGAAUAAUCUAUAGCGUAAAGAGAAAGCUUUCCAACUACGACCUAGUAUACCUUGCGACCUCUCGUAUUGAAGUUAGCUCACAGCAACAGCUCCGUCCUAGUCCGACCGCAGCCUGAGACGGGCACAGGCUAGGAGGCAAGAAACACCCGGGUUCCCGGCGACCGGAUCACCUCACCUCAGUCAGUUUACAACAUGGUUGACGACGUCACUCAGAAUAUCCACGGAUCGUCGGCGGCGAGCGAAAAUCGGAAGUCGUCGGAUCGGUCGUGCGGGAUGCGCUGCUACCCGGCGUGUCUGCAGCCGUGCGCCGACAUCAAGCUGUUCGUGCUGGCCCUCAGCAGCCUCUUCAUUUUCAUGGGUUCGUUCUUCGCCUACCGCAUCUCCGUUCUAUCGACGCUCGAGAAGCGAUUCGAGUUUCCGAGCAAGACAGCCGGAAUGCUGCUCAUCUUUGAAGACAUGACGCAAGCCGUCAUCGCCAUCGGCGGCAGCCACUUCGGAGGCAGAUCGCACCGGCCGCGCAUCAUCGCUCUGCUGUCGGCAGUCUUCGCGCUCGGCGUGUUUCUGACGUCGGUGCCGCACUACAUCUACGGCGGCGGCACGUACGUGGAGCGGGAGUCAGACACGGGCCUGAAUCUGUCGGCGUGGCGCGACACGUGCGUCGGCGUCGCCGCCCCGGACACGUGCGACGACAAUCGGCAGACAAACAAGAUGGCGAUUGGCAUCAUCAUCAUAGGACAGCUGAUUUUGGGGAUCGGUAACUCCAGCAUAUUUUCGCUGGGGUCCAGCUACGUUGAUGAUAACGUCGACCCCGCCAACGCGGCAUUCUACCUAGGCAUAACAUACACCUUGCGACUAUUUGGACCUGCGCUCGGAUUCGUAAUCGGAAGCGUAUUUACUCGAAUAUAUGUCACACUAUCAGAAACGAACCUUACGCCAAGCGACCCAGCCUGGAUCGGCGCAUGGUGGUUAGGGUUUCUGCUGAUUGCCGUGUUGCUGUGGAUCCUGGCCAUACCGAUGGCCAUGUUCCCGAAGCACUUAGCAAAUAGCGCCCACCAGCGUGAUUCUAGGGUCGUACACGAUGACCGUGGAAAUUGUCAGCUAAUGACGGACGUCGCGGCCGAUGACAAAACGAAGAAGAAAUCGUUUGGUGUCCAUUCAAAAGGAUUAGUGGCAUCACUUCGAAGACUCCUGACGAAUAGGACUUACAUCUUGGUGCUAUUCGGCGCCAUUUUUGACGUCUAUAUAAUCGUCUGCUACUUUAUCUUUCUACCGAAAUAUUUGGAAGCACAGUUUCGUAUACCCGCUCACAAGGCGAGUAUGUACACAGGAGUCAUGGGUCUCAUGUCCUCGUGCCUUGGCAUAUUGCUGAGCGCCUAUUUUAUGAAGAAGGCCAAGAUACAACCGAAAGGCGCCAUCGCCAUGAUUUUAUUCGGCAACGUCAUCACCAUAACGUCGCUCGUUGUUUUCACCUUUCUUGGUUGCGACAAUGUGGACUUCGCCGGUGGACAGCUAACGGACUCUGGGUAUGACCUGACCAACAACUGCAGUAUGUCAUGCGAGUGUGACCGCACGAGCUAUGCGCCCGUCUGCGGUGCCGAUGGCAUAACGUAUUUCUCCGGCUGCUACGCGGGAUGUGAACGAAUGGACGGCGUUGCCCCGUCUGAGAACUAUUCGGACUGCGCGUGUGUUGGAGGUGACGGCACGGCGACGCACGGCACGUGUGAUAUCGGCUGCUCUUACCUGACACACUACCUCGUCGUUCUCGCCAUUAGCAGCUUCGUCUCCGCGCCCACAAAGAUCGCUAGCAUAACUGUCAAACUGAGAGUCGUGGAUAAAGAUUUAAAGUCAUUGGCUUUAGGGUUCACGACAUUUUGCUUGAGCCUUUUCGUCUUCAUACCGGGGCCAGUCAUUAGUGGCUCCGCCAUCGACACCGCCUGCAUCCUGUGGCAGGUUGACGGCUGCGGUAAGACCGGAUCCUGCUGGAAGCAUGAUAACGACAAGUUCCGCUACAUUCUACAUGGCAUCGCUCUCGGUGUAAAGUGCGUCGCCACCUGCUUCUACACAGUCGCCUACGUCACAUGCAAAGGAAGCCAUGCUGGCGACGUAAAUGCGUACGAGACUAAACGAAAUGAUCCGCGCGCCAAAGAGGAGAUACUCGACAUAGGCUACGCAAUAGGAAAGGGCGCGGAUGCGGAACUUGUCACGUUGCCCAUUAUAUAGGCAAAUGUAUUAAAUAUAUAAAAUUUAUUAAAUAUAUUAAAAAAAUUUUCCCCGAGCUUUCACCCCGACUAUUCAUCGUGUUAAUUCAUUGCACACUAGUUCCAUAGUUUAUUUUUUGGCCCAUGAUAUUUGAGUUUUGAUGGACAAUUCUUUUCUUAUUUAAAUUUGCAACAUUAUGCACACACACACACACACACACACACACACACACACACA